AUGGAGGAGGAGUCAAUGUCAGGGCAUAGCUGUUCUGAAGACGAUAUCAGCGUCGGGCGACCGUCGCCCGCGCCGUCGCGGUCUCCCUCGCCCCAGGAUUACUUUAGGCCGUUGAAGAGAUUGAAGAUGGCCUCCGAGCCGGUGGAGGAGAGACGGGGCGAAGGCGUCAAGAGUUUUUCGAUUUUGGACAUUUUGUCGCACAGCCCGCGUACUCCGCCGCGCAUUGUCCGCCCGUGGGACGCGUCGGGUUUCGAGCGGUUGCAGCGGCUGCAGAGGUUGGCUGGUGCCGCGCUGUUGGACGGCGAGAGAUGGAGGUUAGCAGCUCUGGGUCUGCUUCGGCCGAGGGAGAUGACGGAAUGCUGUGACAGCGCUUCGGAGAGGUCGUCUUCAGCGUCCGAUUGCUGCUCGGAGCCGCGACGCGCGCCGCAGCAAGGAACGGCUCCUCAUACACCCCUGGAUGCACUGUUCCACAUGACGAGCAAGACUUUCGAAGCUAACAAUCCUGACAAUGGAGAUAACGAUAAUGAUCAACUAGGAUUUAGUUACAAUUUGGGAUCUAGCUAA